GCAAGUUAAAUGCCAAAUAAUAUAUUAUCUUGAAUGAAACUAGUCUGCUUCUGGAAUCACUUCCAGUUCCAUAUUCAAGAAUCUUGCUGGAAUAAUUGCACUUGAACUAGUCGCAGCUGCAGAUUCAAAAGGAUUUGGCGGCACUUUCAACUCGUCUUCCUCUCCUUCAAGCAUUUGAACUACACUUUUCGUCUGGUCGUCGCAGAUUCUUCCAACCCACCACCGUCUUCUGAGUUGUGUUCGUCGCCUGGCCUCUGUCUCCAUCACGAUUCUGCCCCCCUCUUCUCAAACUGCUCAGAAGAAAAACCCAUCUCCAUUCCAGUUUCCUUCUUUCGAGUUCAGAGAGCAGAAGCCCAACCAAGAAAAAAACCUUAGACUUGGACGAUUCUGCAGAGAAGCCAACAUAUGUUAGGUUUCUUGUAUCAAACUCUGCAGUUGGUUUUGUUAUUGGAAAGGGUGGUUCAACCAUCACUGAUUUUCAGUCACAAUCUGGGGCACGAAUCCAGUUAUCACACAACCAUGAAUUCUUUCAUGGGACUACUGAUAGGAUUAUCAUGGUAUCUGGUGGAAUAAAUGAAAUCCUAAGAGCUGUUGAAUUUAUUCUAUCUAAGUUGCUCAGUGAGCUUCAAAGUGAGGAUGAAAAUGAUGUUGAGCCAAAAACAAAAGUGAGACUCAUUGUUCCAAAUGGUUCUUGUGGUGGUAUAAUUUGCAAGGGAUGUGCUACCAUUAGGUCAUUCAUUGAAAAAUCUCAGGCUGGAAUUAAGAUAUCUCCUCAGGAUAAUAAUUAUUACGGACUGAAUGAUAGGCUAGUGACACUGACAGGAACUCUUGAUGAUAACAAAUGCUUCAAUACGUGAUGUACAGUUAGAUUCUGCUCAUGUUCAGUUUUCUAAUUCUAGUGAUGCUCAGACUUUACUUGAAAAGGAAGAAGAAAAUACUAAUUCUAAUAUCCUUCCUACAAGUGUUGAUAGAACUGAAGUAUCGCCAUCACAAGUUGAGUAUGAAGAUCUUGAAAGGGUGCUAUCUCGAGAUCUUUCAGGCCUAGAUUUGUUUGACCAAAACAAUGAAGUUACUGAUGAAAAUAGUUUUACUUUUAACCCAAGCCAAUUGACUGGGAAAAACUAUGCUCCUUGCUCAGACUUAUGUUCAUGGUUUUUGAUUGUAUUGGCUGAUAUUGAUCUAUACAAAGUUAUUCUUUUUCUUUCUUAUUGUAACUUCUUGUAAUUGAAAUUGCACUUUUUUCUGAUCUU